AUUAAAAUCAGCCAAGCUGGACAAGGCCAGAGGGCUGUCGAUCCUUUCCUUCUGCAGUCUCAUAGAUGUCUUUGGACCUUACCAGCCCUCCCAGAUGCUAACAGUAUCUCUCUAUUUAUUCCAGCAGAGAAUGAUCAGAGGAAUGAGGAGGGGGAGGAACUUCAUCAGCAAAUGCCAGAGAGAGUUAAAAAUGAACAACUGAAAGAAAACGCCAAGAACCAAGGCAGACCUAAGAGAAAGAAAGUCAGCCACAUGAUUGAGAAGCAAGAUGUAAGAAAGCGUAAUGUGCAUUUUUCAAAACCCAAGAUAUUGGAGGCAAGUAAAUGCAUUCAGUGUGGGAAAUACUUCAGAAAUAGAUCACAGCUCUUUGUGCACCAACGAAUACACAGAGGGGAGAAAACUUUUGCAUGCUCAGAGUGCGGAAAGAGAUUCAGUAGGAGUAGCACUCUUCAGCUCCACCAAAGAAGCCACACAGGGGAGAAACCUUUUGAAUGCUCAGAGUGUGACAAGAAAUUCAGUAGGAGUGCCCAUCUUCAACGGCAUCAGAGAACCCACAUACCAGAUAAACCUUUUGAAUGCUCAGUGUGUGGAAAGAGAUUCAGUGAGAGUGGCACUCUACUACGGCACCAGAGAACCCACACAGGGGAGAAACCUUUUGAGUGCUCUGUGUGUGGAAAGAGAUUCAUUCAGAACGGCCAUCUUCAGCUGCAUCAGAGAACCCACACAGGGGAGAAACCUUUUGAAUGCUCGGAGUGUGGAAAGAGAUUCAGUGAGAAUGGCACUUUGCAACGACACCUAAGAACCCACACAGGGGAGAAACCUUUCGAAUGCUCGGAGUGUGGGAAGAGAUUUAGUAUGAAUGGCAAUCUUCAGUUGCACCAAAGAAUCCACACAGGGGAGAAACCUUUUGAAUGCCCACUGUGUGGAAAGAGAUUCGGUAGAAGUGGCCACCUUCAACUGCACCAAAGAACCCACACAGGGGAGAAACCCUUUGAAUGCUCACUAUGUGGAAAAAGAUUCAGUCAGAGUGGUGAUCUGCAAAAGCAUCUAAGAGCCCACACAGGGGAGAAACCUUUUGAAUGCUUAGAGUGUGGAAAGAGAUUCAGUCUGAGUGGUUAUCUUCGACUGCACCAAAGAACCCACACAGGGGAGAAACCUUUUGAAUGCUCAGUGUGUGGGAAGAGAUUCAGACAGAGUGGCGCUCUUCACGUGCACCUAAGAACCCACACAGGGGAGAAGCCUUUUGUAUGCUCAGAGUGUGGAAAGAAAUUCAAUAGGAGUAGUCAUCUUCAGCGGCAUCAGAAAACCCUACACAACAGAGAAGCCCUUUGA